AUGGCUACCCAGAUGAAGCGCCACCUGCGCCACCUCGUUGCUGGCCUGGCCUCGCCAGCGCCCAGCGAUGCUGCGGCCCACGCGCUCGAGCGGGAGGCUCAAGGAUUUGACCAGGCCACCUUGGAGUGUUCAUCAGCUGAGCUGUCUGACGCCGCGGAGCUGAAGAGCCUGAUGUUCGAGCUGUCUGCAGCCCUUGAGGCACUCAACACGGCGCUGCUGCAGAGCCGCCUGUCCCUCUCCGCAACCGGCCUGAACAACAUCGCUGCCUGGCUGCAGCUGAGUGCCGCCUGCGUAGCCACAGUAGCGUGCUGCCACCUGGGCAAUGCGCUGGCUGUGCAGCGCAACGACGCUUUCCGCAUUGCGCGCGGGGGUAUGCUGCUGGUGUGCGGCGCCGGCCAGGCAGCCUUGGCAGAAUGCGUGGACAAGGCCCGGCUGCAGCCUGGGGAGCAGACUCUGGGGCCACUCGUCGAGAUGGUUCAGCAACAGCUGCAGGCUGUGUAUUUCAUGCCGAUGCUGCUGCUGCCCCAGCUGCCUGCCAUUCGCCCUUUGACCGACGGCUGGAUAGCCGGGCGAACGAAGCAGGAGAUUGCGGCAUUCCUGGCAUCCAUGGCGCCGCCGCAGGCGGUGCCACCCUGGCUGGCAACAAUGGCUGAGGCGCUGCACCUUAGCUUCUACCAUCCAGGCGGGUGCUGGGCUGCGCCGUCGGUGCCGGUGUCGCGACUGCUGCUGGCUCACCUGGGCACCCUGGCGGCGCAGCUGGAGGAGCUGUCGGCAGCUGGCAGGCUGAACGGUGCCGGCACCGGCGCUGCUGCCGCCGGCCCUGCUAGGUUGGUGGACGGGCAGCCGAUGCUGAUUGAGGUUCCGGCAGAGCAGCUGGCGCUCGCUACCGUGGCUGACAUCGUCAACGCGCUGGCGGCGGUGCCACACCUGGCUGCCACACUGCACGCCAUGGCGCUGCCAGCUGACGGCGAGAUUGCAGCCCGGCUGUGCAGCUACUUUUUGCCCCCGCUGGAGCUCUUCUUCACCAUGCUUUACAUGGACAGCGUUUGCAUGGACAGCGGCGAGCAGGUGGUAGCCUGGGCCGCUGCUGCAGAUGCCUCCCUGCGGCUGCUGCCCCGGCUGGCGCAGCUGGAUGCCUGGUGCCAGCAGGAGCGGCGGGAGCGCCAGCAGCGGGGGGAGGUUGAUGGCGACUCGCUGCGUGCGCUGUGCGCGGCGCAUUUUGAGGCGCUGCAUGCCCUGCUUGGGGCUCCAGACGCGGCAGCGCUGCUGAUGUCAAGGCCUCCUGCGGAGCUUCCUGCGGACGCGGCGUCGCACGCUCUUGUGGGCAGCGGCCUGGCAGCUGUGCUGUCCGGUAUCGCGAGCCUUCCGCUGUGCUGCUGGCCGCUGAUGGAUGAGGCAAUGCUGGAGCAGCUGGUGAAGGCGCUGCAGCCCUGCUUCGCUGCGGAGGUGGCUGGUAGCGUCAUCGCUGCCUACAAGGCAAAGGUACUUGCUUCUUUCUGCGGCGGUGCCAUCGGCCAGCCGCAUGUGGCCAUCGCUCUGGUCAGAGCCGGCAUGCUGCAACUGCUGCUAUCUCGUGAGCUGAUGCUGGGCGCUGCCAUCGUCGCGGCGCAAGCAUUGGCCACAUUCCGAUCGCUGGUUGAUUCCUUGAAGAGCGCUGCUGAAAGCAUUCGGCAAGCACUGCUGGAGGGCAGCCAGGUUGGGGACGCCGCCAGCAGCAGCAGCCAGGGCGGCAGCAGCAUCCAUGCGGCACCGGCAGCGGACCUGGCACAACAGCUGGCGGCUGCGCUUGAGGCGCUGCCACCUGUGCCCGAGGCAGGUUCCGGCGAGGCACUUUCAGAAGCCUCGGCACUGCUUCAGCCUCUAGCAGCGCUCGCCGACCUGGCGCAUCAGGGCUGGCAGCAGUCGGGGCAGGCGGCCGCAGCCCGGCUGGAGCUCGCGCAGGCGGCUUCUGCCCGCAGCUGCGCCUACCUGGCCUGCAGCAACCUUUGUGGCGAGGGGGGCCCCGCCGCGGGUCAGGGCGAUCCUCCUGGCCUGGCACCCAUCUUUGGCCCGGAGCCUCCGCCCAUCCCCAGCCACCUGCGCCUGCCGCCGCGGCCGGCAGGAGCGGCGGCGCCGGCGCUGCACAACCAGGGCCUGGUCCGGGUUGCCUACUCCGAUCCAGCCACUGGAGUCUACCUGGGAUCCCCUUCCAUCGCUCAGCUGGGUGCUGACACUCUGUUCAUUGCCCACGACUUCUUCCCAGAGUGGGGCCGCCCCAAGCGCACCGCCGUGCUUUCUUCCAAGGACAGCGGCGCCAGCUGGCAGCCGCGCGCCCUGGUGCCCGGCCUGCUCUGGAGCACCCUCUUCGCGCACCGAGGCGAGCAAGCAGGGGCAGCAGGGUUGCACCAGCAGCUAAUCUGGCUCUUACAAGCUGAGCCCACGGCUUGGUUGUUAUACCUGCUGGGCACAGAUGAUGCCAGCGAGGGCAACGCUGUGAGCAUCGCCCGGUCGGCAGACGGCGGCGCGACGUGGAACCGCUCCGCGCUGCUGAGGCCGCCGCCGGGCUGCCAGUUUGGCACAGGCGCGGUGCCGGUGCUGCUCGAGGGCGGCAGGCUGUGGCGCGGCAUGGAGUAUUGGUGCGGCUCCAACCUGCAGUGGCCGCAGGGCUACCACGCUUUCCUAAUCUCUGCCCCAGCGGCUGCGGACCUGCUGGAUCCAGCUGCCUGGCACGCCACGCAGGCGGUGCAGUUCAACAGCACUGCCAUGCUGCCAGCCUGGAUGCCGGGGCCGGUGGCGAGCGGCGGCUUCCUGGAAGGCAACGCCGUGAGGCUCUGGGAGGGCGGUGUGGGCCUGCUGCUGCGCUGCCGCGUGUACGAUGGGCUGGGGCGCAUGUAUGGCGUGCAGCAAGCCUGCCUGUUCAAGCUGCGCCAGAGCGGACCGCAGCAGAGGCCCGAGGUCCCGGCACAGCACGGCCGUCAGCUGGCAGAGGAGGCAGGUGGUGGCGCCCCGAGCCUGCGGAAGCUGGUUUUGCCCCAGGGCACCAAGCCUGCAAGUGAGCAGCAGCCGCCGCAGCGCGGGAGGGCGGGACCAGACGAGGCGCCGUGGCGGCUGCAGUGGCAUGGCUUUAUCGACAUGCCAGGUGGCGGCAACAAGUUCCUAGUGCGGUACGAUGCGGUAUCCCGGCGGUACCUCGCCCUCACCAACCCCAGCAUCGACCGCUACGGCAGCAACCCCGACGCCCGCAACGUGCUGGUGCUGGCCCACUCCCUCAACCUGAUCGACUGGCGCAUCGCCACCACCGUGCUGGUGCCCAACGACGGCCUGAGCUGGGAGCAGAGCCUGUGGUACACCGGCUACCAGUAUGCGGACUGGACGAUCGACGGCGAGGACCUGCUGGCGGCCAUCCGCACCGCCUAUGACGGCGCCAACAGCUUCCACAACAGCAACCAGGGCCCCGGCCUGCGAGCCAUGUACGAGCCUCCGCCCAUCCCCAGCCACCUGCGCCUGCCGCCGCGGCCGGCAGGAGCGGCGCCGCCGCCGCUGCACAACCAGGGCCUUGUGCGGGUUGCCUACUCCGAUCCCAACACAUCCCUCUACCUGAGCUCCCCUGCCAUCCUCAGGCUGGAUGCCGACACGCUGCUGGUCUCCCACGACUUCUUCCCUGAGCAGGCCCAGGGGGGCAUGCCGCCGCGCACCGCCGUGUAUGCCUCCACAGACGGCGGCGCCAGCUGGCGGCUGCGGGCCGAAGUGUGGUACCAGUACUGCAGCUCCCUCUUCCUGCACAGAGGUGCACUGUACCUGCUUGGGAUUGAUGACGGGGCUGGCAGCAACAUGGUGAGCAUUGCACGUUCCAUGGACGGCGGCGUGACGUGGGAGCGCAACUCGCUGCUGAGGCCGCCACCGAGCUGCUCCUUUGGCACAGGCAGUGUGCCAGUGGUGCUGGAGGGAGGCAGGCUGUGGCACGGAAUGGAGUACAUCUGCGGGCCCGGCUACCGCUGGCCGCAGGACUACCGCGCUUUCCUAAUCUCUGCUUCAGCGGCUGCUGACCUGCUUGACCCAGCCGCCUGGCACGCCACGCGGGCGGUGCAAUUCAACAGGUCUCUGGUGCCGGCCUGGAUGCCGGAGCCGGUCGAGAGCGGCGGCUUUCUCGAGGGGAACGCAGGCAAGGGCGGGCCUGUGCGCUUGCCCAAUGGCGGCGUGGGCCUGCUGCUGCGCUGCCGCGUGUACGAUGGGCGGGGGCGCAUGUAUGGCGUGCAGCAAGCCUGCCUGUACAGGCUGCGCCCCCAGCCCUCCCCGCGGCGCCCGCCACGGCCGCCGGUGUUGCAGCAGGCGACGGCAGGCGUGCUGCGGCCCGGGCUUACGACGCCGCGGGGCAUGCAGGCGCGGGUGCUGCAGCAAGCUGGCCAGGAGGAGCAGCAGCAGGAGCUGCAGCGGCAUGUGCCGGCCCAGGAGCCGGCCACCGGCCCAGAUCUUGUAUGGCAGGGCUUCAUUGAGAUGCCGGGUGGCGGCAAUAAAUUCGUGGUGCGGUACGAUGCGGUAUCCCGGCGGUACCUCGCCCUCACCAACCCCAGCAUCGACCGCUACGGCAGCAACCCCGACGCCCGCAACGUGCUGGUGCUGGCCCACUCCCUCAACCUGAUCGACUGGCGCGUCGCCACCACCGUGCUGGUGCCCAACGACGGCCUGAGCUGGGAGCAGAGCCUGUGGUACACCGGCUACCAGUAUGCAGACUGGACGGUCGACGGCGAGGACCUGCUGGCGGCCAUCCGCACCGCCUACGACGGCGCCAACAGCUUCCACAACAGCAACCAGGUCACCUUCAAGCGCGUCCAGCGGUUCAGGCAGUACCUGCCGCGCCCGCCUGGCCCAGGCGCCGACCCCUAG